GCGCCUGCGCGGUGGGCCGUACGUCAGCGUCGCGCGCCGGCCGUGCGGCGCCCCGCGGAGAGAGCCGGCCGCCAUGACCUCCGCGCUGGAGAACUACAUCAACCGUAUCCUCCGCCGCGGGCCCCCUGCACCGCAGCGCGGCUCUGCUGCUCGGGCCCGGCACUAUAUGACUAAAUGUUUCCUUAAUGAAAUAUCAGGUACUGUUGCAGUAAUUACUUCUGAUGGAAGAAUGAUUGUGGGAACACUCAAAGGUUUUGACCAGACCAUAAACUUGAUUUUGGAUGAAAGCCAUGAACGAGUAUUCAGUUCUUCACAAGGAGUUGAGCAAGUGGUGCUGGGCUUGUACAUUGUGAGAGGUGAUAAUGUUGCUGUGAUUGGUGAAAUUGAUGAAGAGACAGAUUCUGCUCUUGACUUGGGGAAUAUUCGAGCAGAACCUUUAAACUCAGUUGUGCACUGAAAAGAUAAAAAUGCACUGGGACUUUGUAAAUCUUUGGUUGUACAGACCUGUUUAGCAAUGUGGACAGUUUUUACAAAUUGUGUUUAAUUUGUUUAGUCACCAGUUUUUUUUAUUAUGAACAUGUUGUAGUUUUGCAUGUAAAUUAAAGUUUCUACAUUUUGCUAAAGAUA